UCGACAAUACGAGAAAUAAAUUUACAUUAAACAUUCGCGAUAUACUUGUAUGUACGCGAAUACGAUCAUGCAGAAAAAAAUAACACUAAGAAAAACGAUUGCUAUUGUGAAGUUGAGUUUAUUUGUUAUAUGGUUUUUGCCGCUACCGCUAGAUGCAAGUAAACGUAAAAUAUUGUGCAUGAAGUUGUAUCAAUAUGUCUCUAUAUUACUGACUAUAACCGUAAUAGCGUCAAUGGUAUAUGCCGUUAUGAAGAAUCUACAUGAUCCCGAGUUAGUCAUCAAAUCGUCAUUGGGUUUGUUUCCUUGCUUUCAUGUUAUCUGGAAUAUUCUGUGUCGCGUGGCUAUUUAUCAACGUUUACAAUACGUCACUUUCAAAAUGGAAAAUUUUUGCGCGCUGAUCAAAACUCGUGAAGAAGAGAUUGUUCAGCAAAACUAUAUUGAUAAAUGUGCCAACUUUUAUGGCUUUUGUAUAUCAUCAUUCUAUAUGAGUGUUUUCGCCCUUUUUGUGGGACCUAUCGUGCUAGAUCAACCGCUUCCGGCACCUGCUGAGUUUCCAUUCGACGCCUCUCGUCAACCGUUAAGGGCUAUUACAUAUUUGCAUCAAGUUGUGGUUGGUCUGCAAAUAGCUGCACAUUUGUCUGUAAAUGCUUUCAUGGCCUUUUUGCUGUGGUUGGCAUCAGCGAGGUUUAAAUUGUUAAUUGAGGAUUUAAGGACAAUUGCAAACAUCUAUGAUUUCAUGAAGUGCAUAGAGAAGCAUCAACAAUUACUCGAGUACGCAAAAGAAGUAACUCUUACAGUUCGUCCUUUUGCAUUGGGAACCAUAUUUUUCAGUACUAUAGCUUUAAUAGUAUUCGGCCUUAUUUUUAUUACAGGAGCAUCAUUAACAUUGAAAAUCCAGUGUGUCUUUUUAGCAGUUAGUGCAUUAUUGGAAGUGUUUAUGUAUGCGUGGCCAGCGGAACACUUGAUUCACAUAAGUAAUAAUAUCGCACAAAUAGCUUUUGAAACAAAUUGGUAUGAUGAAUCCGAAGAUUUUCGAAAAAAUUUACAAAUGAUAAUAUUAAGAAGCCAGAAACCAAUACUUGUAAUAUUGCCUUGUGGCUUACCUUCAUUAUCUUUACAUUAUUACGCAUCGUACCUUUCAACUAUAUUUUCCUACUUCACUACAAUGCGAAUGAUGUUCGAUGAACAAAAAAAUGGAGCAUAAACAGAACAGCGUAUUUUAAUAAAGAUUUAAUGAAAAACAAUU